AUGCAACUGCUCUGUUUACUAGUUCUAUUUAUUGGUUUCUUUGAAAGUCAAAUCAGCCAAGCAACAACAUCGUGGAAUGAAACCUAUCCGAAAGGUCAAGUAACUCGGGUAAAAAAUGUCGAUGUCUAUACGGUUGGUAGUAACGCAUAUUCAACUAAUGAUCUAUCGGUUAUUGUAAUCUAUGAUAUCUUUGGAUUCAAUAUAAGUCAAACGCGUGUAUUUUGUGAUCGUUUCUCCGCGCAAUACAAAGUGCAAGUGGCUAUGCCCGACUUCUUUCGCGGUAAAACAGCAUCAUUACACAUAAACAAUCUUACCACAGUAUUGUCUGUAAUUGGUAACUGGUCUCAAGUAUCAUCUGAUCUUAGCGAUGUUGCUUCUUGGCUUAAAGGUACAUCACCGUCUCAUCGCAUUGCUCUAAUCGGUUUCUGUUGGGGCGGUCUACAAGUUGUUCGGGCCUGUUCAAAUCUAUCGACACUCUUUUUUACUGGCAUUUCAAUUCAUGGUGCAUGGUUGACAGAGGACGAAGUUCGUCAAUUACAGCAACCCAUGCUGUUCAUUGCUGCCGGUGAUGAUCCGCCAUUGAAGCCCGAUAUUUCGAGUGUCAUUGAAAAAUGGACAAGUCCAAGAGUAGCUAAUCAAUGUCAAUAUGAAACGUAUUCAAACAUGAAACAUGGAUUUGUAUCGGCUGGCGCUAAUUAUUCGAAUCCUGAGAAUGUUAUAGCUAUCGAUGAUGUACAUGAAAAAGUGAGAAAUUUUCUGGAUCGAAUAUCUCGAAAUUCAGCAUCGAGCACACAUCACUCUAUGCGUUGUUUUUCUGUUUUUCUCUUUCUAUUUCUUCUUAAUAUAAUAUAA